AUGGCUGUUGCGAUUUGCUCUAUUGAGCAGUUUCGAGACAGUGCGACUGUUUUUGAUAUGGGAGAAAUGAAUUGCGUUUGCAGUAGCUGCGGCGCAUUCAGGUGGAAGGCCGAGAAGGCUUCAAUCUGCUGUCACGGCGGUAAAGUUACAGGUGAUGUUGUGAGCCAUGUAUCUCCACAUGCAGCUUUACAGCCGUUGUUUUCAGGAGCCACGAAUGACUCUAAAGAGUUCCUCGCGAACAUCCGGAAAUACAACCAAGCCUUUGCGUUUACCAGCAUGUCCAGCAACCUCGACUUGAACUUGGCCAGCGAUCGCGAUGGUAUCUACACCUUUCGCGUCAAUGGAGAGCUGUAUCACCGAAUCGGCGACGGGUUGGAAGCUGAAGACGGUGAUGCGGCCAAGUUCUCGCAAAUCUACUUUUUGGACUCGGAGGCCCAAAGCCCCCGACGGUUGCAAAUUUUCUCUGACCUUCGCCCAAUGGCGGUGGCAACUAUCCAUGACACCAUGCAGGCCCACAAUGCCUUAGUUCAACAGUUUGUUGCAGCGCGGGAAAUGGCUCAGAAUACUACUAACGUGGUUCUUAGUAUCAACGGAUCCGCUGUUCCUGCAGGCGAACAUCCCCGCCGUUACAAUGCUGCCUCUGCAUCGGAGGUUGCUGCCGUCUGGCUUAAUGAAGAGAGCACUACCAACCGAGACAUUGUUCUGCGCAAGCGUGGUGGUGGCUUGAAGCGGAUCAAUGAGUGUCAUCCCAUGUAUGAUGCUCUUUCGUACCCGCUGUUCUUCCCUGAAGGUACGCAAGGGUGGAGCGUCCAGUUGAAAACGACUUCGAAAGUCACCUUGAAAGCGUAUGUGCAAUUUCGCAUGCAGUGCCGUUCCUCACCCAAUGUUCUACACAUGGGCGGCAAGCUGUUUCAGCAGUACAUUGUUGAUCAGUACCUGCGUGUGGAAGCACAGAACCUUCUGUUUAUCCGGCUCAACCAGACGCAGUUGCGAGCCGAAUGUUACCAGGGGAUUGUUGACGCUCUUGACAAUGGUGAUACCCACACCAUUGGACGACGCAUUGUUCUUCCUGCAACAACAAUAGGGUCACCUCGGUACAUGCAACAAAGGUUCCAAGACUCGAUGGCUUUGGUUAGGAAAUUUGGCAAGCCGGACCUGUUCAUUACGAUGACCUGCAACCCGAAAUGGCCCGAAAUCACCCGCCUGCUGUUUCCUCACCAGAAGCCGCAGGAUCGUCCCGAUAUUGUUGUUCGCGUCUUUCACUUGAAGUUCCAGAAGAUGCUGGACGACAUUGUGAAAAAGAGCGUCUUCGGCAAAGUGCAGGCUCACUGCUACACUGUCGAAUUCCAAAAGCGUGGCCUUCCUCACACACACCUUUUGGUAUGGUUGGAAUCGAAGCCGACCGAGGAGCAGUACGACAGCAUGGUAUGCGCAGAGAUCCCAGACCCUGAGAGUCAGCCCCGACUGUAUGCCUCCGUCAAAUCACACAUGGUGCACGGCCCAUGCGGACGAGAUAAUCCUCACAAUGUCUGCAUGGUCGAUGGUGCAUGCACCAAAAAGUUUCCCAAGGCUAUCGCCGAGAGUACGGUUGUCGGUGACAACGGUUUGAUAACGUACCGGCGUCGAGGUGGUGGUCCUCGAGUGCAAAAACGUGUGCGCAAUACGGUCGUGGAGCUUGGCAAUGAGUGGAUUGUUCCAUACAACCCGUUCUUGAUCGGGAAGUAUGACUGCCAUAUCAAUGUUGAAAUCUGCAACUCGGUGAGCUCAGUAAAGUACUUGCACAAGUACAUUUACAAAGGCCAGGACCGGGCCGUUCUCGAGGCGGGUGAAGAUAUCGACGAAAUCAGUCAGUAUCUUGAAGGGCGCUACAUUUCCGCCCAGGAAGCUUGCUGGCGUUUGCUCAGCUUUGAAACAAACAGCAUUAGCCACAAUAUCAUCCGGCUUCCAGUACAUCUGCCUGGGCAGCAGUAUGUAACAUUUAACGCGAGCGCCCCUGAGGCUGCCGUUGAGAACAAUGAGCGCACUAUGCUCACUGAGUUCUUUGAAACAAACAGGGUGCUACAACAGCAAGCGGGUGAAGGCGACGCUCCCGAAUUACUUACAUAUUGUGAGUUCCCCGAGCGUUAUCGGUGGAACUCAGGUCCAAAGACUUGGACACGUCGCCGGCGGGAAUGGAAAGUCGUGGCUCGCAUGACCAUGGCUCCUCCAGGGAGCGACCGCUUUCACUUGCGCCUACUACUCAGUCAUGUACGGGGGCCGACCUCUUACGAGGAUCUUCGAACGCACAACGGCGUUUUAUAUGAAACGUUCCAAGAGGCAGCGAUUGCACGAGGGCUUCUUGAAGACGACACGGAAUAUGAUACGUGUCUGGAGGAAGCUGCUCUGUCGUCAAUGCCAUCACAGAUCCGCAGGCUGUUCGCAACAAUGGUAGCCUUUAGUGAACCAGCAGACGUUGCAAGGCUGUUUCGCAACCACUAUGACGCAAUGGCCGAGGACCAGAGGGACAUGCCCGAAGGGCAACGGCAAUUUCGAGUCAUCGCUGACUUGGACAGGCUUUUAGAGCCGUUCAACAUGCGAAUGUCGACUUGGAUCAAUCUGGACGAGUUUUACUCAGAAGGGUUCGACCCAAACGACGACGGGGCUCAAGACGAGUUCUCCCACACCGAGCGAGAGACUGAUUUCGCUCAGCUCAUUGACACUCUGAACGUUGAUCAAAGAGCAGUGUUCGAGAGGGUGGCGGCCGCUGUCCGUCUAGGUGCGACCUCUGAAGAGCGUGUCUUCUUCUUGGACGGACCGGGUGGAACUGGCAAGACGUAUGUCUACAAUGUGCUAUUGCGCUCGCUGCGUUCAGAAGGCUUCCAAUGUAUGGCAAUGGCUAGCAGUGGUAUCGCUGCCUGUCUUCUUCAAGAUGGACGAACGGCUCAUUCAACGCUCGCCAUCCCCUUGGAGCUUAACGAGACAAGCACAUGCCACUUUGGUCCUAGAUCUGCGAUUGCCAACACUCUUCGGAAUGUUGAUUUAAUGAUCUGGGAUGAGGCACCCAUGGCUUCUCGAUAUGCUAUUGAGGCUGUUGACCGGACCAUGCGCGAUGCACUUGGGGUUGACAAGCCAUUCGGCGGCAAGGUGAUGCUAUUUGGCGGUGACUUCCGGCAAAUUUUGCCUGUUGUUUUACAAGGUGGUCGGUCUGCAACGGUUGGGCGUUGUUUGAAAAAGUCUCCCCUUUGGCGGCAUGUUGUUACCAUGACUCUGACUAUCAACAUGCGUCUGCAGUCAAGACCCGACUUCCAGCAGUUUCUACUUGAUGUCGGUGAGGGCCGGACUGGUGUUCGUGUGAACAUCGAAGAAUCCAUGGUUGCUACAGGGAACAACCUGGAUGGCUUGAUCGAUGACAUCUUUGCUGACGGUGCUGACUUUGAAGAUCGUGUGAUCCUCGCAGUCAAGAACGACGACGCUCAGAUGAUCAAUCGUCGAGUUGUGGCACGUCUGCCAGGGGACUUUCGUGAGUGCUUGAGCGCUGACUAUGUUGAUGAGGAGGAUGGUUGCACCUAUCCUGUCGAGUUCCUGAACACCUUGCAACUUUCAGGACUUCCACCUCACAAACUUGAGCUGAAACCUGGUCAGUUUGUCAUGCUUCUCAGGAACCUCAACCCCUCGCGUGGUUUGUCAAACGGAACUCGCUUGCGACUACUCGAAGUGGUAUCGCAUCGGCUUCUUCGCUGCCAAAUCAUCGAGGGGCGCUUUGCCGACGAUGUGGUUCUUAUUCCUCGUAUCACACAUCACUGCAGUGAUUCACGCAUGCCCUUUACUUUGUAUAGGCGACAAUUUCCUGUCACUGGCGCAUUUGCUAUGACUAUCAACAAGUCCCAAGGCCAGUCUUUUAACCAUGUUGGGGUAUACUUGGGCACUCAGGUCUUUACUCAUGGUCAGCUGUAUGUGGCUCUUUCCCGAGGGCGACAUCCCGACCAGAUUAAAGUGGUUACCGGUUCGGCAUGUGCGGCUGAUGGAGUUCACAACGUAGUGUUCUCUGAGAUUAUCUGA